AUGGCUGUGGAAGGGGGAGAAUGUGCUCAGCAGAGCCAGAGCCUGAGCCUGAGUGGGGCUCGUAUGCUAUGGGACAAUGGAUCCAGGGAGCCAGGUGCAAUAGGCAGGGCUGGAGCUAUAGACCUGGAGCCAUGCCAGUGGAGGCCUCCCAUGUCCCAGUGCCGUGCUGAUCUGUCAUCUGUCAUACAUCUGGUGGCGUCGAAGGAGCCUGAUCACCCCCGGGGAAGAGCAGUUCCCGCGUCACCAUCGGACUUCCUGGACAAGCUCAUGGGACGAACCUCUGGCUACGACGCCAGAAUCAGGCCCAACUUUAAAGGUCCUCCGGUAAAUGUCUCGUGCAACAUAUUCAUCAACAGCUUUGGGUCAAUUGCGGAAACCACAAUGGAUUACAGAGUCAACAUCUUCCUCCGGCAGCAGUGGAACGAUCCUCGCCUGGCAUACUCAGAGUACCCCGACGACUCUCUGGAUCUGGACCCCUCCAUGUUGGACUCGAUCUGGAAACCGGACUUGUUCUUUGCCAACGAGAAAGGCGCACACUUCCACGAAGUGACCACAGACAACAAGCUCCUGAGAAUAUUCAAAAACGGCAACGUUCUGUACUCCAUCAGAUUGACACUUACUCUAUCAUGUCCGAUGGAUCUGAAAAAUUUCCCCAUGGAUGUGCAAACGUGCAUAAUGCAGCUGGAGAGUUUCGGGUACACGAUGAAUGACCUCAUCUUCGAGUGGCAGGAGAAGGGACCGGUGCAGGUGGCUGAGGGCCUCACGUUACCCCAGUUCAUCCUCAAGGAUGAGUCGGACCUGCGCUACUGCACCAAACACUACAACACAGGUAAAUUCACCUGCAUCGAGGUGCGCUUCCACCUGGAGCGCCAGAUGGGCUACUACCUGAUCCAGAUGUAUAUCCCCAGCCUGCUGAUCGUCAUCCUCUCCUGGGUCUCCUUCUGGAUCAACAUGGACGCCGCGCCGGCUCGCGUCGCUCUCGGCAUCACCACAGUGCUCACCAUGACAACGCAGAGCUCAGGCUCCAGAACAUCGCUACCCAAGGUGUCCUAUGUGAAGGCCAUUGACAUCUGGAUGGCGGUGUGCCUGCUCUUUGUCUUCUCCGCGCUGCUGGAAUACGCCGCGGUGAACUUCGUCUCCAGGCAACACAAGGAGCUGCUCAGGUUCCGCAAGAGGAGAAAGAAGACCAAGACAUUCACCCCAGAUCUCCAUGACGAGCCCUUUGGCUCAUUACAUCGUACCAACGGCAUGAGAAACUCUGAGCCCAUGUACGGAUCUAUGGGUCACAUCUACAGCCCAAACAACAGGGAGGAGGAUGUGCGGGAGAGCCGUCUGAGCUUCACCGCCACCGCGGGGGCCACGUGCAACACGGGCAACAAGGACGGCGCCGUCCCCAAGACGACCAACAACAGCGCCGCCGUGACGCCGAGUCAGGCGGCCGCCUCAGCUGCUGCGGCCGCGGCCAAGAGCCACGAGGAGAUGCGGAAGCUCUUCAUCGACCGCGCCAAGAAGAUCGACACCAUCUCCCGCGCCGGCUUCCCCCUCGCGUUCCUGUUUUUUAACAUUUUCUACUGGGUCCUAUACAAAAUCUUGCGCCACGAAGACGUGCACAAGCCAUAGGCGGUGCUGCCGAGGGACAGUGGAGUCUGGAAGGACACGGCGUCCCUCCCGGGACGUUUGACUCUGUCGUUGUCAUGUCAUGUCAUGUGUGAUGUCUCCUGCUGGAAGCUACGGACCGCUGCACACUGACAAGCGCUGGAAAAGGAAAGUCCUGCUGGAAAGAGAUGAAGGACCAGACAGACGGAAACACCAACGCACACACAAACAGGC